CGCUUCUACCAUUUGACGUUAGCCGAGUCUGCGCAAUAAUAUCACGAGCGGGUUAUGUGACGGCGUGAUCACUCUUUUAAUGUUCACGUUUGUAAUUGGUGACGAACCCCAUUCUCAACAACGUUACCAACUUAUUUAGUGCCCUGUACUCGAGAAGACAUGAGGCGAAGUAAAGCUGAAGUCGACCGGUAUGUGGCCUCCGUGCAGACGUCGUCUCCCUCACUCAAAGAGAGACCUGUCAAGGGAUUUUUAUUUGCUAAAUUAUACUUUGAAGCCAAGGAGUAUGAAAUGGCUAAAAGACAUGUAUCAGAGUAUCUCAAAGUCCAAGAGAGGGAUCCCAAAGCACACAAAUUUCUCGGACAGCUCUAUGAGCGAGAGGGAGACGUCAACAAGGCAGUGGGAUGCUACAAGCGCUCUGUGGACUUGAACCCGGUCCAGAGAGACCUGGUGCUGAAGGUGGCUGAGUUACUGGUCGCCAAAGAGGAAAGCGACAGCAGAGCUGAGUUUUGGGUGGACAAGGCUGCCAAAUUGUUGCCAGGGAACCCAGCAGUCUUCAACCUGAAGGAGCGUCUGUUGAGUCGUCAAGGUCAGCAGGGCUGGAACCGACUGUUUGAUCUCCUUCAAGCUGAGCUGGCAGCACGACCAGGAGAUGCGCACGUUAACGUGAAGCUGGUGCAGCUAUUUUGUCAGGACGGUCGCCUGGAGGAGGCCGUCAAGCACUGCCUGGCCACUGAAAGAAGGGGCCUCCUGCGCCACAGCCUGGACUGGUACACUGUGGUGGUGCACACGCUUCAGGAUUACCUUACUCAGCCCAGCACGUCCAGCAAUGACAAGAUGUGUCGACGUCUUCAGAGAGACCUGCUCUUGGCCCACUGCAACCUUGUGAGAAUCACUUUCUCAGGAAGCGCUGUGCAGGCCUCCCUUGACGCGCUCCAGUGUUUUGACCAAGCUAUGCAGAAGAUGAGAGGUGUUGCAGGCCAGCACACAGACGACCUUUGCGAGAUGUUUGCGGAGAUGCGAGCUCACCUGUACCUGCAUGCUGGCACACUGCUCUUGAAGCUGGCUCAGGAACGCCAACAGAAAUGGAGGGCAGUCAUAGACCUGGCGGCGCUCUGCUAUUUGCUCGCCCUGCAGGUUCCCAAGCCAAAGGUGACCAAGAGAGAUCAGUCUGCACCACAACUUCUCGAGCUGCUGGCUAACGACAGACAGAGUCAGGCCGGCCACAUGCUGCUUAAUCUGAGCACUGAUCCAUGCAGCUUGAUCAGAGAGGUGGUGGAGGCAUUUGGGAACCGUAGCGGUCAGGACUCUCUAGUUGAACUACUGUUAGGACCGCAGGCCUCGACUGGAUCCUCUUUUAUUGCCAAUGAUGACAUUCGUUUUAUUAAAGCACAAGCUCCAGAAAUCUCCCAGCUAGCCAAGUGGGAUGCAGGUUCUGUUCUGUUGCAUUGCGGAGACUUGCAACAUUUAAGCUGGUUGGGGUUGCAGUGGUCCCUUCUUGGCCAAAAACCAUCCUUGCGGGCCUGGCUACAGCAACUUUUUCCUCGACUUAACCUAGAAAGUUCUAAAUUGGACUCAAAUGCACCAGAGUCCAUCUGCCUUCUGGAUUUAGAGGUCUUUAUACUUGGUGUGGUGUUCUGCAGCCAUUGUCAACUGCAGGAGACGGCAAAGAUAAGCAGUGGCAUAAACCAGCAGCAACAGCAGCUCUAUGAGCCUCGCUGCCUCCCUCUUCCCCUCCUUCGCCUCUUGACCACCGAGAGACAGAGGGAGUGGUGGGAUGCAGUCUAUAGUCUUAUUCACAAACAAGCCCUUCCUGGAAUGUCAGCCAAAUUGCGAAUGAUCGUACAACAUGGACUGAAUACAUUGAGAGCCGGAGAGAAACACGGGCUGCAUCCAGCAUUGGCUAUCUACUGGGCUCAGUGUCUUAGCCAGACAGGUGAUGGCGUUAACUCCUACUAUGACCAGAAGGAGUACAUCAGCCGCAGUGUCCAUUACUGGAAGGUUGUCCUUCCACUGUUGGACAAGAUCAAAAACAGACGAAGCAUACCAGAACCUCUCGACCCCCUCUACAUACACUUUCCAUCCAAAGAUAUUCGGGUGUCCUCGGUGAAGGGGCUUGAAGAGGAAGCCAAAGUCGCACAUGCAUCUCUUCUUGACAUUGAGGGCAAGACAGAGGAAGCCAUUUCAACAUUGGAGUCCAUCAAUAACAUGUCAUCUAUCUGGCAUUUGGCGCAGAUCUACCAGCGACUGUCAGAGGAGGCCAGCAAUGGAGUUGAGGAGACACAGGACAGGUGCAUCACUUUUCUGAAGAAAUUCCGGAUUUACCUCUUAAAGAUCUACAAUGCCAACGCGGAUGAGGUUGAAAAACUUCCAGUGUCCAUGGAAGAAGUUCUCGACCUUCUAAAUGAUGUGAACCAGCAACUUGGCGAGAGUGGAGAGAAUGAAGAAGAGGAGAAGAAUGGUGGUUUUAUGGGACUGACCCAUUCAAGUCCUGCUUAUCCCACAGACACCAGUGCCACCAUAUCACACAUGAAGUUUUCCAGUCCCUCCCCUAACAAAAGCAUCGGUUCUCCUUCCAAAAGGCACCUGAUUUCUCCAAAAAUAUCACCUCAUUGGGUGGAGGACCAGAAAAGUCUUCUCCAAAUGCUGUGUCAGCAAGUUGAAGCCCUGAAGAAUGAGGUCCAUGACCUGAGACACAACUCUUCAUCAAACAGCUUCAGCUCUCCUCAUCACAAAAUGUAUCCUGAGAGUUAUGGCGCUGAAGGGCUGCAAGAGUCUUUUACUCCUGUCCAGCCUUACCAUGGGGCCCCCCUGACAGUUUCCACUACAGGUCCCUCUGGUUACUACAAUCAGUCUCCAGCAUACAACUCUCAGUAUCUCCUGCGCACAACAACAAAUGUAACCCCCACAAAGGGCCCAAUGUACGGCAUGAACCGCAUGCCACCUCAGCAGCAUAUGUAUGCCUAUCAGCCGCCGACUCAUACUCCUCCAAUGCAAACGGCCCCUGCUUGCGUCUACCCCCCUCAAGAGCAGACCUUCGCCGCCCCUCUUCGAUUUGAAUCGCCAGCAACCAAUCUCCUGUCACCGUAUAGUGAAGAAUAUUAUGGACAGAGUAUACCUCACCAAAGUACCAACCCUCCUUUACCCGAGCCUGGUUAUUUCACUAAACCAUCUGUAAUCCCUGCUCAGCCACCAAAGAACAAUGAGGGGAAACUUGUGGAUUUUGGGAAGCUCUCCUUCGGUCAGCAAGUACCUUCUGAAGCACCCAAGGUCCCAAGUUUUGGAACAAACACGGUUUCCCAAUCGACACCAUCAGCUGCCUUUAAAUUCAACUCCAACUUUAAAUCCAACGAUGGAGAUUUCACAUUCUCAGCAUCCAAAGCUAAACCCAGUGAAAGUUUGCUUGGUCUUCUUACAUCUGACAUCGCCAGUAAGACAAAUACUUUGCCAGAGAAGCCUCCUGCUCAAGAGCAGACAGCAAGCCAAGCGAGUAUUUUCACUUUUGGCAAUAAGAAUGCGUCCGGCUUCUCAUUUGCUAAUACAGUGCAAAGCACAGGCCCUUUGAGUCUGUUUGGAAAAGUGGAGCAGCCAUUUAAAUUUGGGGAUGUUGCCCAGCCAAUGUUCGGUAAUGCCAGGUCUGCACCCGAAGAUGAAAACGCAGACGAUAGUGACAAUGAUAGCAGUCAUGGUGAGGAGGACGAUGACGACGACGAUGAUGAUGGACCUCACUUUGAACCCAUUGUACCACUUCCUGAUAAGGUUGAUGUGAAAACGGGUGAGGAAGAUGAGGAGGAAUUGUUUUGCAACAGAGCAAAGCUGUAUAGAUUCGACGCUGAGACAAAGGAGUGGAAGGAACGAGGCAUUGGCAAUGUUAAAAUCCUGAAACAUAUCACAACGGCAAAAGUUCGACUCUUAAUGAGACGGGAGCAAGUCCUGAAGAUAUGCGCUAACCACUACAUUACCACUGAUAUGAAACUGAAACCGAACGCUGGUUCUGAUAAAUCGUGGGUAUGGAAUGCCAUCGACUAUGCAGACGAAAAGCCCAAGUCUGAGCAACUCGCCAUCCGCUUCAAAACAAUAGAUGAGGCAUCGCUCUUUAAGAGUAAGUUUGAAGAAGCCCAGAGCCUGGUGGUGAAAUCACAAGAGGCACCACAAGAGAAGAAAGAAGAUGACGCAAAAACGUCGAAACCAUUGGAAACUCUCAAAGCUAAGUUUGCAUUAAAAGCAGGCGAAUGGAAUUGCGCUGACUGCUAUGUGAGAAAUAAACCAGAGGCUGCGAGGUGCCUUUCUUGCCAAAGUCCCAAUCCCAAUUCCACCACGACACCAGACAAGGGGACCGAAAAUGAAUCAAAAGGCACUCCCCUUACCUUCAAAUUUGGGACAAGUGACACUUUAAAGUUCGGGACAAGUGAACAGAAAACUAGCAGUAGUGGUUCCCCCUUUCCUGUGUUUAAUACUUCUGGAACUUCAUCGUUUACAUUUGGCACAAGUUCUAGCAAACCCGCUGACACAAUAGAAAAGCAAAGUGCGUCUGCAAGUAGCAACUCAGAAUCCAUUGCGAGUUCUGGGUUUGGCUCCAAAUUUGCAAAGAAACCAGGUCAGUGGGAGUGCUCUGCGUGCUAUGUCAUGAAUAAAGUCGAUGCAGAGAAUUGUGUCAGCUGUACAAAUCCCAAGCGAACAAGUUCUCGUAAACCCGCUGACACAAUAGAAAAGCAAAGUGCAUCUGCAAGUAGCGACUCCGAAUCCAUUGCGAGUUCUGGGUUUGGCUCCAAAUUUGCAAAGAAACCUGGUCAGUGGGAGUGCUCUGCGUGCUAUGUCAUAAAUAAAGCCGAUGCAGAGAAUUGUGUCAGCUGUACAAAUCCCAAGCGCAGCAGUGAACCAAAAGUGGAAGCUCCCGUGGUUGCAAAUCAAUCAACGGCAUCACCGUUUUCCGGUUUCGGAGCUGACGUCGCAAAAGACGAUCGACAGAAGGGUACAUCGUUACAAGCCAUGUUUUCCAAGAAAGACGGUCAAUGGAAUUGUGACUCUUGUUUGUUGACAAAUGAAGCCGCUAGCAGUAAAUGUGUUGCCUGUUUGACACCAAAUCCCAAAAUGAAAAGCACAAGUAGUACUACUUCGUCAGCUUCCGCUUUCAGCUUCAACUUUGGAGUGAAAACACCGGCGGGCCAGCCCACUGGAAGCGGCUUCAGUACACCUUUUGGAGCUGCGAGCUCAUUUCAGUUUGGCCAAAACAAAGCAGGGACCUCUGCCUCUUCUUUCAAGUUUGAAGCUUCCCCGUCUGCUCCUCCGAGCACAACAAGUUCUUCUGGAUUCUCUUUCUCAAUGCCCAUGCUUGCAGGUGGCUUUACAUUUGGAAUUCCCGGCACCGCAAAAGAUGAAACCGAUAAGUCGUCUACCCCACGCGAUCAGGUGGCUUCCGGUUCGGCCUCCAGCUUGCUUCGAAAUAUAGCUGAUCAACAUAAAGUGAAAGAAAAUGAUUCUACCCCUCAAGAGCUCAGGAAAGAGUUUGAGACAAAUCCAUUAAUAUCUGGUAAAACAAACACUUUCAGUUUUGCAGACCUGGCAAAGUCACCUGCUUCAGACUUCCAGUUUGGUCAGAAGGACCUCGAUUUCAAAGGUUUCUCUGGCGCUGGCGAACAACUGUUUUCAUCAACCCCGACCAAGACAAAUGAGCAAGGGGAAGACGAUAUGUAUAAAACUGAAGAAAACGAUGACAUCCAGUUUGAACCGGUGGUUCAAAUGCCCGAGAAGGUUGACCUUGUCACAGGGGAGGAGGAUGAACAGGUUCUUUAUUCCCAGCGUGUCAAACUCUUCCGGUUUGACACAAACACCAGUCAGUGGAAAGAGCGCGGGGUGGGAAUCUUGAAAUUUUUGAAAAACAAAUCCAAUGGCAGACUUCGGGUUUUGAUGAGAAGAGAGCAAGUUCUGAAGGUGUGCGCCAACCACUGGAUCACUACCACCAUGAAUCUCAAGCCGCUGGCGGGCUCGGAUAAAGCGUGGAUGUGGCUGGCCAAUGAUUUCUCGGACGGCGACGCCAAACCGGAACAGUUGGCCGCCAAAUUUAAAACCCCAGAACUCGCGGAGGAAUUCAAGGCCAAGUUUGAGGAAUGUCAACGACUCCUCUUGGACAUCCCCCUGCAAACCCCUCACAAACUGGUCGACUCGGGCAGGACUGCACACCUGAUUCAGAAAGCCGAGGAAAUGAAGUCUGGUUUGAAAGACCUGAAAUCAUUUUUGACAGACGACAAAACAAAGAUCAACCCCGAUGACAACAAGCUUGCAUCGUCUAAUGUCAAAUCGGUGUCGAGUCUUUUAUUCAAGCCUCACAGUGAAAGCACCGGCCCUACCUUAGAGUGGGACAACUAUGACCUGAGAGAAGAGGCCUUGGAUGACACGGCCGAUUCAUCUGUCUAUGCCUCUCCACUUGCCAGCAGCCCACUAAGAAAGAACUUAUUCCGCUUUGGGGAGUCCAUGGGUGGUUUCAGCUUCAGCUUCCAACCUGGCAUAAGUCCCUCCAAGUCUCCCGCUAAAUUCAACCAGAGCCAUUCCUCGGUGGGCACAGAUGAAGAGCAAGAUGUUACGCAAGAUGAGGAGAGAGACGGUCUGUACUUUGACCCGGUCGUUCCCCUGCCUGACCUGGUUGAGAUUUCCACGGGUGAAGAAGAUGAACAGGUCGUCUUCAGUCAUAGAGCCAAACUUUAUCGUUAUGAUAAAGAAGCGAGUCAGUGGAAGGAGAGAGGUAUUGGAGAUCUCAAAAUCUUACAGAACUAUAACACCAAAUGGGUCAGGUUGAUUAUGAGACGAGACCAGGUACUUAAGAUCUGCGCGAACCAAUGGAUCGCGGCAGCAAUGAAGCUAGAACCCAUGAAGGGUGCGGAGAAGGCCUGGGUGUGGAGCGCACUGGACUUUGCUGAGGAAGGAGAGGGUAAAGUGGAGCAGCUGGCUGUGAGAUUCAAAUUGCAGGAAACGGCAAACACCUUCAAACAGGUUUUUGAUGAAGCCAAGAUUGCUCAGGAGAAAGUGGAACUUAUGACCCCCGUGGCAUCCAUCGUUUCUCAGGGCAGCGGCGACUCGAAAACUGUGUGCGGGAAGGCGGCCAUUGCUAUUUUGGAAGCCACCACAAAGGAACGCACCGAACUCUUCAUUGAGAGCAAAACUUCCGGUUCUCAGAGUCCUCUCAACCCCACCAAGUCAGUGAUGUCGCCCCCUAAGUUUGUGUUUGGCUCGGACAGUCUUCAGAAGAUAUUUGGCAGCCCAAAAUCGAACUCCGAUAGCGGUGACUGCGAAGCCAGUUUGAAAACGAAAGAUUCCCCGCAGCCUAACAAGGCUUCUUCGCCUGUGCCACCUGGCUUCAAAAUUCCACAAACGGGACUGGAUUUUAGACUUUUCAAAGAUAACCCAACGGCCUUUUGGACAAGCACUUCGAGCGCUCGGUUUGAAAGUCCAGGAGUCAGCAGUGCAGGGUCAGAAGAGGACUCUGAGGUGGAGAUUGUGUAUGUCAGGGAACCCACCGCUGAGCAAGCUGCUUUAGCCAGGAAAUUACUGCUGCCCCCCACCUUUUUCUGUUACCAGAAUGAACCAGGCUACACCAGUGACAAUCAACCUGAUGAUGAGGAUUACGAGUCGGCAGUGAAAUCCUUGAAUGGAAAACUUUACCCUGAUCCUCCUGAAAAAAAAGUCACUGUAUCUGCUCAUGAGCCCGACUGCCAGGUCGUUUGGGAGAAGAAGCCAACACCCAAGGAAGAGGAGAAGGCCAAGAGCCUUCAGCUUCCACCCACCUUCUUUUGUGGCUUGAGCACCACUGACAGUGACCCCGAUCCUGACAAGGCAGAGGACUUUGAGACUGAAGUCCAAAAGGCUCAGCAGCAACUGGAUGCCCAGUUAAACACAGCUAAAAAAGAGACCGGUGGCCCCGAUGAGAACCCGACAUCUGAGGCAUCCCCGAGCUGCGAAUACAGCGCAAAGGAAGACGCAUCAGAGCAGCCGGCAAACGUGCCACCGCGAGCUCCCAGCAGCAGCAGCUCUCCCAUCGACCUGUCAACUAAGACUGAGCCGGCGCCGGAGACCACCCCUGCCCCCUCUGCUGCCCCCUUCGCUCUCCCUCCCGCUGUUCCAAGUGCAGGCACACCUAGUUUUGGCUUCACUGCGGUAGAGGGCUUCUCUUUUGCUGACCUGGCCAAAAAUACAGAAGGCUUUGCAUUUGGAACACAAGAUUCCAACUUCUCUUGGGCAAACGCAGGCGCGGUUGUAUUUGGUUCCUCGGCCCCCGCAUCCUCCAACAAGGACAAUGAUGAGGGCGCAAGUGAUGAAGAGAACUCUGCGAAAAAUGUUGACAUACACUUUGAGCCCAUCGUUUCCUUACCAGAGGUGGAAACCAAGUCUGGAGAGGAGGACGAAGAGAUCCUCUUCAAGGAGCGCGCCAAGCUCUUCCGAUGGGACCGGGACCUCAGCCAGUGGAAGGAGCGCGGCGUCGGCGACAUCAAGAUCCUCUUCCACCCGGCCAAGCGUUUCUACCGGAUCCUCAUGAGGAGGGAGCAGGUGUUCCGGGUUUGCGCCAACCACAAUAUCUCCCAGGCGAUGGAGCUGAAGCCCAUGAACACCUCGGCCAACGCUCUCAUCUGGACCGCCACGGACUACUCUGACAGCGCAGAGGGUGCAGUAGAACAGCUCGCGGUCAAGUUCAAAACUCCGGAGAUUGCUGCGUCCUUCAAGAAGACCUUCUGCGAAUGUCAAAGCCACAUCAGCCAAACCGACGCUUCGUGCACCACCGCACCCAUGUCCAGAAUUCAGGAGCACUCCAGAGACUCGAACCCACAGGUGUUCCUCAACUUAGAGGCGGACGGCCAACCUCUCGGCACCAUCAUCGUCGAGCUCUUCUCUCACCUUGUUCCCAAGACGGCGGAAAACUUCAGGGCGCUCUGUACGGGCGAGAAAGGCUUUGGUCUGAAGGGCUCCAUCUUCCACAGGGUCAUACCAGGCUUCAUGUGUCAGGGUGGCGACAUCACUAACAGCGACGGCACAGGCGGGAAAUCAAUCUACGGCACCAAGUUCGAGGAUGAGAACUUCGACGUCCGCCACACGGGUCCGGGCAUCUUGUCCAUGGCCAACCGUGGUCGCGAUACCAACAACUCCCAGUUCUUUAUCACGCUGAAAAAGGCAGAGCACCUGGACUUCAAGCAUGUGGCUUUUGGCUGGGUUCGGCAAGGCAUGGACAUAGUGCAACACAUGGGGGAGCUCGGCACAAAGGGAGGCGUCCCCACCAAGAAGUUCCUUAUUGCUGACUGUGGUCAGAUUUAGACUUUAUGGACAGUCCAGUCUUAUUAAAGAAUUACACACUGACCACAACACUACUGGUCAAGAGCCACAGAUAUUUUUUAAGGGGCGCAUUAUCUAUAUCACUGUCCGGUGUGAAAAUGUCAUACAUUUGUUGUCUAUAGAAUUGUACAUUAACUUUUUUUUGUCUUGCAUGUGCUCAAUUUGAAUGUAUUGGUACUCUUUACACGCAUACACGGCCCUUUUUGACCAAUCUUAAAAAUGUUAAUUUAAAGAAAUGUUAUUUGAAAGCACCAUUGCUUUCUACUUGUUUCAUGUAGACUUCCUGUUUGUGUUGUCUCUUUCCCAGUAUUCAUUGUUGCCCGCAUAUACCAUGAUGGGGGGAAGCUUCAGGAAAAUCAGUUUGCCGUGCCGUUAAAUAAAAAUGCUUUGAGUAA